GAAAGAGAACGCGCCGGAGCCAAUCAGGAGCGGAAGAGCCGUCGAAGGGGUUAAGGAGCCGGGCGGCCAGGUGAAGAAGUCCUGGAACUCGUGGCUUCGGGUCGCGGCAGAAUCCGGCCGGCCGGGGGGCGCGACCCAGCCAGAGCACUGCAAGGUUCUCUGUGAAGGAGGAAGCAUGAUCACCUUCAUGAACAACUCAGACAGUGAGGAGGAACCCUGCAACGAGAGAACGUCCUUGAUGUCGGCUGAGAGCCCCCUUCUGCCUUCUUACCAAGAUGACACACAAACACCAGAAGCUGGAGAAACACUCACGCACAGGAAAGGACGCCCUGGCAGCAGCGGGAGCGCCAACAAAACUGCUGAUGGAAACGCGGCCGACACGGAAAGAAUAGCCAGAGUGCUCGCUGCCGUGGAUAGCGAGGAGGAAGAGCUGACCUUGAAAUACGGAGCAAAACAUGUGAUCAUGCUGUUUGUGCCUGUCACGUUGUGCAUGGUUGUGGUCGUUGCAACCAUAAAGUCGGUGCGGUUUUACACCGAGAAGAACGGACAGCUGAUUUAUACCCCAUUUACGGAAGACACGCCCAAUGUUGGCCAGCGUCUCUUGAACUCUGUGCUGAAUACCAUAAUCAUGAUCAGUGUCAUAGUAGUAAUGACGAUCUUCUUGGUUCUGUUAUACAAGUACCGUUGUUACAAGUUCAUUCAUGGCUGGCUCAUUCUCUCAUCUCUGAUGCUGCUGUUCCUCUUCACCUACAUCUACCUUGGUGAAGUGCUAAAAACCUACAAUGUGGCCAUGGAUUAUCCUACCCUGUUCUUCUUCAUUUGGAAUUUUGGAGCUGUUGGGAUGAUUUGCAUCCACUGGAAGGGGCCCUUGCACCUCCAGCAAGCCUAUCUCAUAAUGAUCAGUGCCUUGAUGGCUUUAGUCUUCAUUAAGUACCUGCCUGAGUGGUCAGCCUGGGUCAUUCUGGGAGGCAUAUCAGUUUAUGACUUGGUGGCUGUCUUAUGUCCAAAGGGGCCGCUCAGGAUGUUAGUGGAAACAGCGCAAGAGAGAAAUGAACCCAUAUUUCCGGCACUUAUUUAUUCAUCUACUAUGAUGUGGACUGUGGGAAUGGCAAAACAAGACAAUGCACGAAGGAGGUCUUCUGAAGAGACAAGGGAUCAAGCAGAGGGAGCACAGAACCAUGAUGAUGGUUGUUACGCUGAGCCAGCCGUUCCUGACAUGAGAAAUUCAAGGACAGACCAUCCAAUCGAUCCUCCCUUAGAGGAGGAGGAAAGAGGCGUCAAAUUGGGCCUUGGGGACUUCAUAUUCUACAGUGUACUUGUGGGCAAAGCAGCCGCCACUGCUAGCGGUGACUGGAAUACAACUCUGGCUUGUUUUGUAGCCAUCCUCAUAGGCCUGUGUUUAACUCUUUUGCUGCUGGCAGUAUUCAAGAAAGCGUUACCUGCCCUUCCCAUCUCCAUCACCUUUGGCUUGAUCUUCUACUUCUCAACAGAUUACCUUGUGCAGCCUUUCAUGGACACCCUUGCAGCCCAUCAGCUAUAUAUUUGAAAAAAGCAAACAAACCAGCGGUGAUCUUCUCUGGAGUCUUUGCUGUGCAACAGGACAUUUUCCAAUAGAUAUGGUUUUUACACUUAGUGCCAUAUAUUUUUCAGGAAUCCCAGUAAUAACACGUGUGCGAGUCUCCCCUGAGACUCAGUAGCCAGGCCCUUCGAUUUCUGAUGUGAACAAUUUGACUGGGAGCAGGACACGCAGCCUGAUUCUAUCUGUGUUUACUACUGAUCUCAGUUAGGCUUGCUCCCAAGUAAGCUUGCAUAGCAUUGCAGCCCCGAUAACCCUGAGACGCCUGGCCUCCUGCUUUAGUUUAGUGUGUAAAUGAAUGUGAAAAUGCAUUGGUUAUAUUAGCCCAAGGUGAAACAAAAUUCCUCUCCCAGGAGGUGAGCAGAUGAUGAAUGUGAAAUUCCAGUUUGCCAGAGAUGUUGCAAUCGUAGCGAAGAAUAAUCAUGGUUUCGAUGUACUGCUGCGCCAGCAUGCUUCCACUGGCGUAACAGGGCUUCUGUUUCCUCUCCCCCCACCAGGUAUCUCCAAAAUCUGCGCUAGCCCUCCACAGCUGAUUUUGAGGGUGAGCAGGGGGUGGUCUGGAUGGAACAGGAAGUUCAGUUUCAUAUGCUGAAGUCCCCAUGCCCCUACAGAGCUGCAGCCCCAUAAUAAUAGUACAGUAUGCUUAAAAAAAUACUAUAAAGCAUCUAAAUGGAAUAAAUGAGAGGAUAUUUUUUUCUGAAAGGGUAUUGGUUAUAUUAGCCCACGGUGAGAAAAAUAAUUCCUCGGCUGGGAGGUGAGUAGUUGGCGAAUUUAAGAUUCCUGUUUACACUAGUAACUUGCAAAAAAGAGUAAUUAUAAUGGUGGUAGUUGUGCAGCACACUUUUUUAAGUCUGUGAAAAUGCUCCUUUAAAAUAGGCAUACAGCUAAAGUGCAGGGGUUCGGUGGAGGCAAAACUGCACAUGAUUAAUAUGUAGCAGGUUUCCAAAUCUCUUGUUUUUUCUUUAAUUGCAGCCGUGGGGGUUGGAGGCCCAACUGGAGUUGCGAGAGAGGGAGGUGGGGAGGGAAGGUUUAUCCUUUCCCUCCCCAGCCAUUAUCAUGGCAAAAUUCGAGGGCUCCAUGCGGCUGUAAGAGUUAAGAAAAGAAUCCCAUUGGCACCAAUGGGACCUCCUCUUCCUCCUCCUGUUUUAUGCUAACCCUCCCAGCCAUGCCAGGGGUAUUUCAUGGAUUUGUUAGCAAAAAUGUAUGUGCCACUUGAUUGUAAUAAAACCUCUGAGUGGUUUACAAGAAAUAUUAAGAUGAUCAGUGAAAAGCAUUUAGAAAUAAUUAAAAUGAACCAUAAAAAUAGAUUAAAACAAAUCAACAUCUACAUGUCUAGAUAGACUUGCCCAAACAAAAACAAAAAAGUUUUAAGCAUGAAAAAGAGUGCAGCAAAUGCACCUGCCUGGUGUCAACAGGCAGGGAGUUCCAAAGUUGUUGUGUGAUACUCAAAUAGCAGUUUUUUACAGCUGUGAUGCCUGUAGUAGUGCAGAGUCCAUAGACUGAAGUGGUUGCAUGAGUAAACUGGCCCCAAGCCAUUAAGGGCUUCAUAUACCAGUAGUUAAACCUUCAACUUGGCCUGGUGAAAGUCAUUGCUGGGGAGGAAAAGGAGAAAUCUAAUAGCCCCACUCCUCAUGCUACCACCACAAUAAUUGUUGGGACUCCCGCACGCCUGUCACUAAAGAAAAGCCAGAGACUCCAUUCAGUGUAAUGUGUAGUUUAGCCACAGGAAUGAAGCAAGAGUGCAGGGCUUCUUCAGCUUUGGCACCAAAGCCCUUCCAAACCCAUACUUUUAGAUCCUCUAGCAGAGGGCCCAACUUUUAAGUGGAGGCAAGUUGUAAAUAACAGGGGGUUAGUUGCCCUGUUGCCUCCCUCGUACUUGAAUUGACAAUCGAGCCAAAAAGCAGCCCACAUGCAGCCUCUUGCUUUGCACUGUUCAGGAAUGAUUUGGGGGAGAAGCCAUUGAUUGAGGCCAAUCAAACUUCUUUCGGCUGUGUGGGGUGUGUGUUAAAUGACAAACUUGGAAAUGCUAUGAAACUGUUUAAUGUAAGAGUGAACUAUUUGGGGAAUAAUGUUUGUAUCAAAACACAGGGGUGAGAUUUGAAUCUGGUGUGCACAUUAAUCUAAGUGAGAAACAGUUGAUGCUCAAAAUAUUCAAGGCUUUUGCCCCGCAAAUACUUUACUUCUGACUUGGACUUCCUGCCAGGGACAUUGGUUGUUUUAAGGUUUUGGUUUUUAUUUUAAAUCUGAUCUGCUUUGCUUCCAAAUACCCCCUUCUAAGAACAACGCUAAUUAUGUGAUUUAUCUGCCUAA